UGUACAUACGCAACUAAUUUCCAAAACAAACAGAACCUAUCUUUCCUCACUAACAUCCCUGCUCAGACUGAUGAAAGGCGUCGUCUCCGCAAAGUGUCAUAAAUCAAAAUACAAGCGAAAAACUUUUGUACCACAAUUAAACGUAGUUUUUCCAUUUUAAUUGGUCAUUGUAAUUUAUUUAAACAUUCCCAAAUGAUUUAUUAACAAUUUGACAUUUGAUUAAAUAUAAAAUAUGCUAUAAAUCCAUUCAAUAUAAUUACGAGUUUGUUAAACGAAAAAUAUGCUUCACAAAAUCCUUGUGUUCAAUGUUCUUCUGUUUACAACCGGAAUCGAUGGCAGUUCCAUGAAAAAUAUCGACCAAUUCGAAGGAGCACCAAAUCACAAAGAAAAAGGCUAUUGUGCUCCGUACAAUGGAAAGAUCUGCAAGUCAUUCAUCCGCGGGCAGGUGUGGUAUAGCCGGGAAGAUCCGAACGGAGGUUGGAAGAACGAGCAGAUAACAACGGCAUUGUUUGAGGAGUUGAUUUCCGAUCUUACCGGACAAUGUCGUAUUGCAGCUGAAAAAAUGUUAUGCUCCUAUGCAUUCCCUCAAUGCCAAACAGAGAAUGGUCAGCCUGUUAAGGUUCCUCUGUGCUAUGAAGACUGUGUGGCGACGCACUUGCAGUACUGCUACAACGAUUGGGUAUUGAUCGAAGAGAAGAAAGAACGCGGAAUAUUCUUUAAGUCCCGAGGACACUUUCGUCUGCCUAAUUGUUCGGUUCUGCCCAAAUACAACCAAACUGCCAAGAAACCGAACUGCUCAUAUAUUGGACUGACGAAGAUUGAUGAAUCUGAAGUUUCUUAUGACUGCCGAAAUGGUAAUGGGAGAUAUUACCUUGGCCAUGUUAACAUAUCAAAAACUGGAAUCCCUUGUCAACGUUGGGAUUCGCAACAUCCACACAAACAUAUCCAACCGCCACUUGUGUUCCCCCAAAUCGCCGAGGGGGAAAACUACUGCCGAAAUGCUGGUGGAGAAGAACCAUACCCGUGGUGCUACACAACGGACGAAUCGGUGCGGUGGCAGCACUGUGAUGUCCCACUCUGUCCCGACUCGAUUGACAUCACCAGCAAAGACACCACAACUCCCAUUAAAAUGGAAACAUUUUUCACUCCAUCGAUGAUCUUCCUUUUAGCUGGCAUAGGCUUCGUAGGAAUUGUUGCCUUCCAUCUGAUUAUUCUGCUCAUUCAUAAAGUAGCCAAACACAAGGACGUUCAUCAACAGCUUCCCCAGCAACCGCCAUCCGAAUGCAAUAUGUCUGUUAGUCGCGAUUGCAAUCUCUCUUCCAGUCAUCACACCCUGGACACUUCCAGCAACCACAAAUGCGGGACAUUACGAAGCACCCAUACGGGAACUAUUCGCAGCACUGCCACAAUUCACGAGCCCAAACCAAAGUUGAACACAAAGCUAGAGAAGCUGGAAUACCCUCGAGGCGAUAUCAUCUACGUGCGCAGCUUAGGUCAGGGAGCCUUUGGGCGGGUUUUUCAAGCCAAGGCGCCCGGUUUGAUACCCGGGGACGAUGAGAUGUUGGUGGCAGUGAAAAUGCUCAAAGACGAUGCCAGCGAAGCAAUGCAAUCUGACUUUGAGCGAGAAGCCUGUCUGCUGGCCGAAUUCGACCACCCGAAUAUUGUUAAACUCCUUGGCGUGUGUGCUCUGGGUCGUCCGAUGUGUCUUCUCUUCGAGUUCAUGUCGCCGGGUGACUUAAGUGAGUUUCUGCGGGCGUGUUCACCAUUUGCCACCCAUCAAGCCAAUCGCACUCGCACCGAUCUCAAUGAUGCUGAUCUCCUGAGAAUCGCUGAACAAAUCGCCGCCGGAAUGGUCUAUCUCUCGGAGAGGAAAUUCGUUCACAGGGAUUUGGCUACCCGCAAUUGUCUCAUCAACGAACAGAUGGUUGUCAAAAUUGCCGACUUUGGCCUAUCACACAAAAUCUAUCUGCAGGACUACUACAAAGGUGACGAAAACGAUGUCAUUCCCAUACGUUGGAUGCCUUUGGAGAGCAUACUCUACAACAAAUACACCAUCGAGUCGGAUGUAUGGGCCUUUGGAGUGUGUCUGUGGGAGAUAUUUUCAUACGCCCUGCAGCCCUACUAUGGGCUUACGCAUGAGGAAGUCAUCAAGUACGUCCAGGAAGGUAAUGUACUCAGUUGUCCGGACAAUACGCCGUUGUCGGUGUAUGCCCUGAUGCGUCGCUGUUGGAAUCGCAAACCAUGUGAGCGACCAAGUUUCGGUGAAAUCACUCACUGCAUUCAGCACAGCAUUGUAGAGUUUGAAUGUAAGUCUAUGCUGUAAACAACGAAACCCAAACCAACCGAAGAAAUUAACUUUUUCUACGUUCCUUAUUUUUAAAAUUAUUUAUCAGUAUACUCGUAAGUGGGACUUCGUUUUAUUUUGUAUGGUAAGUUAGUUUAGCUUUAAGGGAACAGAUUUAUCGUGUUUUUUAUUUUGUAUUUUAUUCCCAUUUUUAUACGUAUGUUUUGUGUUUUUAAGUCUACCUCGAAUUCGUAAAAUUCCGUUUCUAUACGAGAAGAAUUUGGGGGUUAAAAUUUUUUGCUUAUCUUUUCAUAUUUGAAUGAAUGUUUUACUUGUUGUUUAAAGUCCUUAUUUUGUAUGAAUCGAAAAUUUGUACCGGUUAAAAGACUUCAAUUCUUAACUUUAUUAUUAGAAUGCUAUAAAAGUUUACUUGGUUUGCUUCUUCUGCUGACCACAAAGGUUCCUUCAGACAUGCAUAGUCAUUAUUUUGUCUGUCGUACCCUUUUGGAUAGAGUUUUGGACCUUUCAAGAUUUUAAGAAGUGGAGUUUCUUGUUCAUCAUUUUUUCUCUUGUUGAAACCAUACAGUAUUCAAGUUGAUUCGUCGUCAUCGUCUUCUUAUCUGUCGAUCU